AGAUUUCACAGGCGCGGCAAUGAGAAAACUGGUCCGCAACUUGGGUAGUUUUAUCAAAUCAUAUUUGGAAAAGAAAAAGAAAAACAUUUGAAACAACAAAAACCGCCAUUGAAAGAACUCUCUCCAGUCUCCACUCUCUUUUCCUUUCCCCUCCCUCUCUUCAGUGAAGAUGUCACAGCCUGAACCCAUCGUCCUCAGUGACUCUGACGAUGACGACGAAUACAAGCUCAAAGAAAUUCAUUCAACAACUCCAAUUUCGAUUUUGAGCAAAGAAAUACAUUUAACAACUCCAAUUUCGAAUUUCAACAAAGAAAUUGAUUUAAUUACUCCAAUUUCGAAUAAGAGACCCAGAAAAGUCCCUGUGUUAAUUGAUCUUAUCGAUGACCCAACUCCUCCUCCUCCUAAGCUUCAAAAAUCAGCAUCUUCUACAAAAUCAUUUAUCCCAGAAACCCCAAUUUUCGUUGAUGAUUCUCCUGUUACCAAGUUUACCGCUAAUUUGCCUAGCCCCUCGAAUAGUCCUGCUCUCAUUUCAUCAGGUGUUGAUAAAUCUGAUAAUGAUGCUGGAGACUCUGAAAUGGGAACUUGUGUAAAAAAUAUGCAAGCAUCUCCGUCUUCUGAUUCAGAAAAUGAGUCGGUACGUGAGUUUGAUCUUGAAAGUUGGUUAGACAUUGACUCAACCUUUUGUCUUCAUAAGGGAGAGGAAUCCAAUGUUCAUAUGGAGGGUAGAGGUCUAGGAAAAAAAUGUUCAAUGGAAAAUGGAAGAACUUUGUCUGAGCUUAAUGUGGAACAGAACUUGGAAAAGAGACCUAAAGUUGUAGAAAAGGAGAACUGCCAGGAGAAUGAAAGAAUUCCUGUUACUUCCAAUGUGAAGACCCUGGAAAAGUGUCCCAUUGUUCAGUCCACGUGCUGUCUUGGGAACCUGAAAUCCACAAAGACACAUGACCAUACUUCUCUGGAAUACAAUACCAAUCAAGUACAACCUAUUAACGAUCAUGAUUGUGGAAAAGAAAAUGUCAGACUGAAAAAAGGAGGUGCAAUCCAUAAGCCAAAAAGUGGAGGUGAUGCUAAUGCAAAGAAAAAAUUGAACAAAGACGAUCAGGCAGCAGAUAGGAAGAAAUUAAUGGAGGAAAAAAGGGCUUUAAAGGAGCAAGAAAAGUCACUUAAAGCAGAUUUGAGGGCUGAAGCUGCUAAACAGAAACAGCUGGAGAAAGAGAAGAAGAAAUUGGAGAACUAUAAGUUCAAUGAGAAAGACAUCGUGGCUGAAAUUGAUCCAAAGGUUCUGUCAGGAUCACUUGGAGGUAGGCCCGGUCCUCUGCUAACAAUGUUUAACGAGAAAGGUCUCAAUUAUAAAAUAAAUCCAAAUCCCGUCGAAAAAUCAAUUAUUUGGAGAUUUAUUCUUCCAGAAAAUACUUUUCAGCAUUCUGCAGUGAAACCAGAUAUUCGAUAUAUAUUGCUCAUUUAUGAUGAUGCUGAGGAAUUUUGUAACCGUGCUAAUGAUGGAUCUCUUAUGGUUCAUAUUUCUUCUGUGCGAAAGCGUUAUCCAUCUUACACAAUCUGCUGCCUCACAAAUAGGUUGAUGUCUUUUAUCAAUAAAAGGGAGCAGCAGAAGUAUAAAAAGCAAAAGGUUGCCAGUGAUUGGAUACGCCCACCUGUGGAAGAGCUUUUUGCAAAGUUAACCACUCAGUUUGCCAAUGUUCAUUCAAGACAAUGUGUUGAUGAGGCUGAAGUAGCUGAGCAUGUCGUUGGGUUGACAAUCAACCUUGCCAAGGGCCAAUCUCGCAAGAAGCUGACACACCUAUCUGUUAAUGCCAAUGGAUGUAAUGUUACAAGGGAUUGUGUGGACAGAAGCCUCAUAAUGAAGCAUCCAUGGUUAAAGGCAUUGGUUUCUAUACCAAAAGUGCAACCUCGAUUUGCUAUCGCUAUAUGGAAGAAGUAUCCAACUAUGAAAUCUCUCUUGCGAGUUUUCAUGGAUCCAACUAAAACUAUCUUCAAUUUAUCAGCUUUCAAAUGUUGGGGAUCUGAAAACUUCACACAACUACCUCAUUUAGGUUUUACCUCUUGUAGAGUUUUAGAAGUAGCUGAUAUUUUGUUUAAUUUUUUUUUUAUGCAAAUAUACCAGAUUUAGGGGGGAAAAUUUCAAGUUUUUCUCCGUUCAGUAAUCAAUUUAUUGGAAAAGGAUUAUACUUAGGUAUUCAGCUGCUUUGUGAUGAUUUAGAAACACAAGUUGAUCAUUUUGUUGUACACCAUUACUACAUUGCUUGGACUUAUCUGAAUCAUUCCUUUUUUGUCACUGGGGUCGGCUUUCUGUAUGUUGAUUACCGCUCGAUCCUUGGAGGGGCCAUAAUAUUUUGCAAGGCAAUGUCAGAUCAUACUUGGGCCAUAAUUUGCGUUCUUCUUUUCGGGAUAUGCAUAUGAUAUUUUUAUUUGUGCAAUUCCUUGAUUCUGAAUCCUGAUACCUACUGUUUGACCUCUUGAUUAUACAACAUUAUAUACUUAUAGCUCUCCCGCUGUACUCCUUUUUCAUGUUUGCAAUACCGUCUUUAUUAAGGAUUCUCAUAUACCAGUAAACUUAAUUUCAUCAUCUGCACUUCACUUGAGUUGGUAAUAACUUGAGAAACAUUGGAAGGAUGUAAUAGGUAGUGCUUGUGUAAAGCUUAUUGAGAAAUGACCCAUGAUAGGAUUUAUCUCUAGGUACCUUCUCAUUUCUGAGUCUAGGCUGUUUGGAAUUGCCACCCGCAUAUUUUGUGUGUUUACACUUGGAUUAUAUUAACAUUAUAAGAUAUUCUUCUCACGAAUGGUGUUUAGCAACCCAGGGUAAAUCCUUCUUCUAUCUCUGGCCCGAUUAACGUUCUUUGGAACAUCCCUAAAGCUCUCUCAUCAGCUCCAAAAUAAACAACUAAAAAAUGUCUGUGAAUUGCGUAAUUCUGACCUGUUUCUACCCGUGCUCAUCUCCAUUUUCCUUGCUACUUAUAUAAAGGUUUGAUUACUAUUUUCUUUUAGUGCUGUUCUGGUUUCAGGGGUCGCCAAAGGCAGGAUCAUUUAUAGUUGCUGUCAGUUGUAAUCGUUGUAUCUAUUUUCUUGAUGCCUAUACUUCUCAUUCUCUGGGAUAAGUAUCUUAGCCUUCUUAAUCUUGCUGGCAUCAUAUAAAAGUGAAGUUGCCACGCUGAUUAUAUUGCGGUUUUGGUCUAAACUUUGUGUGUAUUCUUAGAUCAACCCAUGUAUAGUGGUUUGCUUUGAUUCAAAUAUAGAAAUUAGAGAUAUUGACUGUUUCCAGCAGCAAAAGUGCACAAACUUUGUUCUCUUCAUUUGAUACUUCUUGGGCUAACAGUUAUCUUAGGCAAAUUGUUCUUACUUGGUUGUUUUGUGAUAUGUUCAAAUGUGUCAAUGCUCAGUAGAUUUAUAUUUCUUUUCCCUGUUGUGUAGAAGGUGGGGGUGGAGUUAUCCUUUGUGCCAGUUUCUCAUGAAUGUGAGAACCACCAAUUGUCAUUUAUCCUUAAUUUCUUCUAGAUGGCCAUCUGGUUAUAUAUAGUUUAAGCUCUUACAUGUUUCUGAAGAAAAGCCUGGUUGAUAUGUCCUCACUUCUUGUUGCUGUUAAUUAUUACAUGCAUGAAAGUGGACCGUAAUAUUUGGUU